UUCCGGAAGGUGAUUGGUGUUACUCUUGUGUCUACUUAGCUUACUUUUUUCCUGUGCUAUCCACUUCUUUGUAGAAAAGUUAAACCAACUUAAAGCGUGUCUCUCUACCUCAACUGUUACAACAUGGCGGGGAAUUUCUGGCAAAGUUCUCAUUAUCUCCAGUGGGUUCUGGACAAACAGGACCUGAUGAAAGAGCGCCAGAAGGACCUGAAGUUUCUCUCUGAAGAAGAAUACUGGAAGCUACAGAUUUUCUUUGCAAAUGUGAUUCAGGCUUUGGGGGAACACCUGAAGCUGCGGCAGCAGGUCAUCGCCACAGCAACUGUCUACUUCAAACGCUUCUAUGCCAGGUAUUCUUUGAAAAGUAUAGAUCCAGUGCUCAUGGCACCUACCUGUGUAUUCCUGGCUUCCAAAGUUGAGGAAUUUGGAGUUGUGUCAAAUACAAGGCUAAUCUCUGCAGCAACAUCUGUGUUAAAAACAAGAUUUUCCUAUGCGUUUCCAAAGGAAUUUCCCUACAGAAUGAAUCAUAUAUUAGAAUGUGAGUUUUAUCUCCUGGAGUUGAUGGACUGUUGCCUGAUAGUGUACCACCCAUACAGACCACUGCUGCAGUAUGUGCAGGAUAUGGGACAGGAGGACAUGCUGCUGCCCCUGGCCUGGCGAAUAGUGAACGACACAUACAGGACGGAUCUGUGCCUGCUCUACCCUCCCUUCAUGAUCGCCUUGGCCUGCCUGCAUGUGGCCUGUGUGGUGCAGCAGAAAGAUGCCAGGCAGUGGUUUGCAGAACUCUCUGUUGACAUGGACAAAAUCCUAGAAAUUAUCCGAGUCAUCCUGAAGCUCUACGACCAGUGGAAAAACUUUGAUGACAGAAAGGAGAUAGCAGCUGUGCUGAAUAAGAUGCCUAAACCCAAGCCUCCUCCUAACAGUGAAAGUGACCAGAGCUCAAACGGCAACCAAAGCAACUCCUACAGCCAAUCUUAGCGCCACAUCUAUGUUUCCAGGUCUGCUCAUAAUGUCGACGUAGAGAGGAGUGGAUCUCAUAAAACAAGGUGUCAGCUUGAAGGAAAGAAUUCAAUUAUCAGCAGAUCAUUUGGAGAGCCCUGUCUUCAAUUUCCUUUUCUCUCAUCGUAACGGAUUUGUGGAUCAGAUGAGCUGCUAUUUAGCUGCCUGUAGGAAAAGCUGAUGAGACCAGGCUCUCUGCUCUGCUUCAGACUUGAAAUGAACAAAAACUGAGGAACUUUUGAGGAGACCUGGGGAUGUUGGACAGGAGAACAGAUGUGAUGGUUCAGUAGAAACCUGUUUUAAUGUCAUUGUGAUGAUCCUGACAUCCUUGAACGGCCCAGAGGAGCUAGUCCUCUUGCAGAGCUCUGUGGGAUUCGAGAAUACUUGAUCACAAAUACUGUGCGUCUGUGUAUAUUUUUGUGUUUAAGAGUGUGCGAGCGGGGUGUGUUUUCAUUCCUCAGGGACUACAGUAGUCUUUCUCUGUGAUAUGAUUUGAUCCAGUGCUGUCAGAGUGGGUCUGAUGUGAUGUAAGGGGGCACCCUGCAAGACUUGUGCUGUUUGAUUGCAAAGAGAGACAAAAAUAAUUCUGACUCGAAGAAUUUACUGUUUUGAUCAUGACCUCUUCCUUCCUGGUCUCUUUUUUUCUUUUGUAAAUAGCCUUGUAAUGGUCUUCAUUCAUUUUAUUUCCUUGUUUUGCUGGAAAAAAAACACAAAUCGUGAUUUAUUUAGUGCUACCGAUUAAAGUGCCCAUUUUUUUUCACUGUCAUACUUCAGUUCCCCUGCUGCAUUAUUUUUCUGCUUUAGUUGUAGAUUAAAUUUCCUGUAUAAAGCUUUUUGUAAAUGUGUUUUUAAUUUCUCAUGGAGAGGCUUUUUUGAGUAAAUUCUACAUUUAUCUGUAAAGUUUGUGUUGUAAUUUCUUAUUUUUAAUCUUUCUUUUGCCAUCUAUUUAAUAUCUAAAUUUUGGGGAUAUGUAUGUGUAUGAACCUGUAAAUGUCUAUUUUUGUGAUGUAUUACUGUGUGAGCUGAGUGUGGCUGUAAACAGAAGAAGGUGCUUGUAAGCCUUACAAAAUAAAAGCUGCUGGUUACAGAGAAAAGCCUUCAUCAAAAGCACAUUGUCCCAUUCAGGUGAAGUGUGAGAUGUGUUUUAUGGAUUGGAUUUUUUUCAUUGCUGAGAUGCAUCUAUAACUUCUCCCUCAGUGGCUUUCCAUUCACCUAAUUUCUGUCAAUCUGGAAGAACACUGAGUUAAAGACCCACCCAUGCUAAGUCAAAGAGACAAAGAAGCCCUCGGAGGCAUCUUGGAUGCAGCCCUGCUCUGUUUUCUGGUCUUGUGUUUUCCAGCCCUUCAGCAGCCUCCAUCUGUUACAUGACUGUUCACAUGAAUGAGUGAGACUAUAAAAAAGGGCUUCACCCAACCUAAAUAUUCCUGCUAGGUCUGAUAACAUCAAUUCUCCAAUAUGUUUUAUUACUACUUGAAAGUUUAUUUGUUUAUCAUUUUAAAGAUCUUUUAUGGUAAUAAAAUGUAUGGUGUG